CUCUAAUGAAAAAAGUCCCAAUCUAACUCCAUCUCUACAUCUCUUCAUCCCUUCUUCAUACCAGCCAGAGGAGCAGGGCGAGGAGACAGAAGAGCGACAGGAUAAUAGCUCAGAGGAACAUGAGAAGCAAACCAUCAUAGAGGAGCAUGUCAGAGAUCAUGACAUCACCAUGGAGAGCCUAAAACAACACAACGCUGUCAACAAAAUACAUGACGAACAACAAAAUGAUUCUGCUGAUGGCAAACAAUAUGAUAACACAGACACCGGACAGCAUGAUAUUCCAGUUGGCAAAAUGCAACCUGACAUGACUGAUGCACAAGAUAUUACAGAAGACAAAUUUGAGAAUGUCAUCACAGAGGAUACAAAUCCACAGAACAUCAUGGAUGACAACAGACAACAUGAGGUCAUAGAAGACAACAGCAUGCAGGGAAAUCAACAUAACAUCAAUGAUGCUGACAGAUCUUACAAUAUCACAGAGGACAAACAAUACCAUGACAUUAUAAGGACCAGAUUAACUUCUUAUAAUAGAAGUGCAUAUUUAAGAGUGGACAAAACCUCUGAUGGCAAACUCGUGGGUAAAACACACUAUCCAGCCACAGCUACAUCUCUGACAUUUCCUUCCACCCUGAUAGUCAGAAACCCCUCUCCCACUAUUAGUGUUUUGCCAUUGUUUUAUGGAACGUCAUUUGGCUAUCGCAUCAGAACUUUCAAUACUUAUAAGCCCUGCCAUUCAAUAAUUAGGACCAGAAAUGUCUGUAAUGACAAUAGAUUUAGUAGCCCGAUGAAAGACAUGCGACAUAUUAUUGAAAUAAAAGGAAAUCCUUGCCUAUUAAAAACAAAGGCUGAAGCGGUAAUCAGCCCCCACCCCAAAAUAAUAAGCACUGUGAGGGGGGCUCAGACUCAUAAAAUUAAAACCACCAAAACAUUUUUGUGGGGACCAGAGGGGCUCCAAGAAGCUAAGACAGCUUCUUGGGCCCCUCUGAAGUGA